AUGACAAUUGCUAAGGAGCUAGAAAAACAAAGAUCAGUCAAAGCCAAGCGAUUGCUAAAAGAUGAAAAUAUUUAUUUUAAGGCAGAAGAGUUCUGGUUGAAUAAAAAAGGUUGUCCGAUUGGAACGGUCCCUAUUCGACGAUUGACACAAGAACAACUCCAAAAUGCCAAAGAUGCCUCCUUAAGCAUGGCAAAUAAAUCCCUCGCUGAAGAUAUCAUCGAUUUUGCAGGAAUUAGUAUAAAUGCAUCUCCAGAAAUAAAAAGUUUUACAAGUGCCACAGCCACUGUUACUUUGUAUAAUCUACAUAUAAUGCGACAAAAUUUCGAGCAAAUACAAGCCGGAUGGAUUGUACAUCCACAACUAUACGGUGAUAGCCGGACUCGGUUAUACUCCCAUUGGACAACAGAUGGCGGCCAGAAAACAGGAUGUUACAACAAUAUUUGUCCAGGAUUUGUUCAACUUGACACUGAAGUACCAAUAGAUUAUGCUUUCCCAAAAAUCUCUAGGCCAAUGUAUGAUGACGAAGAAUUGCUAAUUCAGAUCUAUAAGGAUCAAGACUAUUAUCUUUACAUACAAUCUAUGUUUAGUAUUGGAUUUUGGCCGGAGACCAUGUUCAAUGAAUUAAGAAAUGGAUCGCAGGUAGUGCGAUAUGGAGGACAAGCGUUUACACCAGCGGGUCAACAAUAUAGUCCACCCAUGGGAAAUGGUAAUUUUCAGGAUGGCAAUCCACACACCACUUGUCAUAUGCGUCAAGUCCUGUAUGGAGUGGGCUAUAAUACAGAAGUUCAACCCGAUGAAUCGUUGGUUCAAACUCAUCAAUCUAGAUGUUACCAUGAAGGAAGUCAGCAUAAUGCUCAUGAUGAUUACUGGGAUUAUAAUUUUUUGUUUGGGGGUGGUGGUUUUUGCUAG